UGUUAAUUGUUAUUACCUAAUUUUCAUCAUUUUGUACAUUCCCUAUAAUAUUGCCUCUUUUGUGGAAGUGAUGCUCGGAAAGAAAUUCUAACCAACUACUAUUUGUUUCUCUCUCUCUCUCUCUCUCUCUCUCUCUAAAACAAGCAUAUAUGAAGAAGCAAGCCAAAGACCAGUUCUCAAGCCUUUUGCAGUGGUUUCUAACAUCAGUGAUGCUUGGAAAGGUUCAAAAAUGGCAUGCCAUUGUCAUCAUCAUCUUCUUAGCACUAGAAGCCGGUGCAAGGCGAGAAGAGAUCAUAUCGAAUUAUGGAGUAGUAGCGACGGACAUGGCAAAGUGUUCGAGGAUCGGACGGGAUGUCUUGAAGGAAGGUGGCCAUGCGGUGGACGCUGCAGUGGCCGCCGCGCUGUGUUUGGGUGUUGUAAGCCCUGCGUCGAGUGGCAUUGGCGGCGGAGCUUUCAUGCUCUUGAGGCUUGCUAAUGGUGAUGCACAAGCCUUUGAUAUGAGGGAAACUGCUCCAGCUUUCUCUUCAAUGAACAUGUAUGGAGGCAAUGCAACACUGAAAGCAAGUGGAGCACUCUCCAUUGCAGUGCCUGGAGAAGUUGCAGGUCUUCAUGAAGCUUGGAAACAGCAUGGCAAACUCCCAUGGAAAAGGCUUGUAAUGCCCGCUGAACAUCUUGCUCGUCGUGGAUUCAGAAUAUCGCCUUAUUUAUUCAUGCAAAUGAACCGAACCAAGGCCGGAAUUCUCGCAGAUGAAGGACUUCGUAGCAUGUUUACCUCCAAUGGGGAACUCCUGCAACUUGGAGAUACAUGUUAUAACAAAAGAUUGGCAGAUACAUUAGGAGUUAUAUCGAGACAUGGACCGAGAGCAUUGUAUAAUGGUUCAGUUGGAAAAAACUUGGUAAGAGAUAUACGAAAGUUCGGAGGUGUAUUGACAAUGAAAGACUUGCAGAAAUACAAAGUGAGAGUGACCAAACCAAUAUCUGCAGAAAUCAUGGGAUUGACAAUCCUGGGAAUGCCACCACCUUCAGCUGGUGGUGCUGGAAUAAUACUAAUGUUAAACAUUCUUGCUCAAUAUGGAAGUCCAUCAGGUGUUUCUGGUCCUCUUGGUAUUCACAGGCUUAUUGAAUCACUUAAACAUGUGGCUGCAGUAAGAAUGAACCUUGGGGAUCCAGAAUUUGUGAAUGUAUCAAAAGUUCUAUCAGAUAUGCUCUCGCCAAAGUUUGCCGGAGAAUUAAGGAAGACGAUAUUUGACAAUAUGACAUUCGACCCUAGCCACUACGGUGGAAAGUGGAAUCAAAUUCUCGACCACGGCACAAGUCACUUGUGCGUUGUCGAUAAGGAUCGAAAUGCUGUCUCCAUGACAAGCACCGUAAACUCAUAUUUUGGAGCAUUGUAUCAGUCUCCAAGCACUGGAAUAUUACUCAACAAUGAGAUGGAUGAUUUCUCUAUUCCUGUAAACAUUUCUAACAAUGUUUUACCACCAGCUCCAGCAAACUUCAUCAGCCCAUCCAAAAGGCCAUUAUCCUCUAUGGCACCAACAAUAGUUCUUAAGAAUGGGCAACUAAAAGCAGUGGUGGGUGCCAGUGGAGGAGCCAUGAUCAUUGCUGCAACUACUGAGGUGCUUCUUAAUCAUUUUGCAAAGGGAAUGGAUCCAUUAUCUUCCAUUCUAUCUCCAAGAUCUUAUCAUCAGUUGAUCCCUAAUGUGCUUCAAUAUGAGAAUUGGACUACAGUAACUGGAGACCACUUUGAAGUUCCUGCUGAGACAAGAAUAGCAUUGCAAAAUAAGGGCCAUGUCCUUGAAGGCCUUGCAGGUGGGACUAUUUCCCAGUUUGUGGUUCACACACUGGAAGACUCAGAGACUGUUGAAGGAGUUGCUUUUGGCAAACUUACAGCCGUAAGUGACCCAAGGAAGGGCGGCCUUCCAGCGGGUUAUUGAACUCCUAAAAGUGGCUUCUUGCUAAGGUCUAUAUUUGA